UGUGGCUCAGGGAAUAAAGAGAAAGCGAGUCCAGAAAGAAAAGCCAGGCUGCAGGCGAGAGGAACAACCAAAGCAAAAGCCAAGAGAGAGAGAGAGAGAUUGCGAUUCAAAGAUUCCCUCCCCAUUCAGUCCUCAUUGCUGCAUCUCCAAGCAACAAGGCUGCAGCCGGCCGGAAGAUCAGAACAGACCAGAGACCACGCCACCACCAGCAGGCAGCAGCGGCAGCAGGGAGCAACAACAACUCCCUCCCAUUUCUGAACUCUUUUCUCUGUUUCUGAAUUCGAGUUCAGAAGCUUCCAGAGGUCUGGAUUGAGCUAAAUUCGCUCCCCGGAUUGCCGAAACCAACAAAAGCCGCCGCUUUAUGCUUCCUGGAUCAGAGGAAUCUUCGAGAAAUCGAUAAAAAAAGUGCCUUUCUUGGGGGCCAACCGGGUCGCGGAAGCCUCCAAAGGCGCCAUAUUUGCCUGCCACCUUGCGAGCUCUGGGACGAACGCCCCUGAUGCUUGCCAUUUGAAUAUUUGAUACAAUACAGCACCCGGCAGGCGCUCUGCCGGUGAUGGCGGCGGCGGAGGAGCUGGUACGGAAGAUACGGGAGCUGGAGGAGGGCCAGGCGGAGCUCAAGCGAGAGAUUUCCAAGCUCGUGCCGGAGCAGGCGAAGCAGCAGGGCGCGCAGCAGCAGCAGCAAGCGUCGCGCCGCCCGCCGCGGCGCGCGCUCCCCGCGGCGCAGCCGUCCCUGUCGUCGCGGCUGCAGCGCGUGGGCCGCAUCGGGCUUACUGACCGCCAGCACAUCAGGGCGCUGCACGCGCUGGGCCAGGCCGUGCAUAUCAUUGCCCCCGGCGGGAAGCUCAUUUACUGGAACCGGUAUGCUGAACAAAUGUAUGGCUAUUCUACAUCAGAAGCAGUUGGUCAUGAUGCCCUUGAAUUAUUGGUUCAUCCUGAUGAUGCUGAGGCAGCAAACAAUAUUAUUGGGAAUAUAUUUAUGGGGAAAUGUUGGAGAGGGAAGUUUCCUGUUAAAAAGAAGUCAGGUGAACGGUUCUUCAUUGUGGCCAAUAAUACUCCUUUGUAUGAUGAUGAUGGCAGCUUGGUGGGUCUCAUUUGUCUCUCAGUUGAUACAAAGACAUUAGAGGAUAUAAUGGGCCCUUCAACUUCAGUGAGGUCCUAUGCACAUCCAGUGAAGCCCCGGUUUCAAGUCAACAAUCGGCCUAAGUGCAAUUUGUUAAAUAAAAGUUCUUUUGAGUCUGAGCAACCUGUCCAAUCUUCUAUAGCCUCCAAGAUAACAACUUUGGCUACCAAAGUUACAAACAGAGUUCGUUCUCGGAUGAAGACAGGUCACCAUGGCAGCGUCUCUGAGUGUCAGUACUCUGAAGAUGAUUCCAAGGAAGAACAGGCAUCUAGUGGAACAAACACCCCUACAGGUGAUGUACUACAUGGUGGUUUUGUUAAAGGAGAUAAUUCCCCUGGGAAGUCGAGUAAAACAAGUAGUGAUGACUCAGGGGACGGAAACGAAAGGCUUUACAAGAUUAGUUCAAAGGCAGAGGAAUUAUUGGUCAAGAAGGGGAUAUCAUGGCCUUGGAAAGGGCACGAACAUAAUGGUCCUGACAAGGGUCAUAUGAACCCAGUGCAGUUCCAUGAUAAGCAAGACAAUGACCAGAUAUAUCUGGCCAGUCCAGAGUCAAUUGUAAUUCCAGACUACCAAGAUUCUGAUAGCACCCAGGAAAGUAAAUAUGAAGUAACGGGUAACUGGUGGUCUUUCACCAACGAUAGCUUCAAUAGUUUGGGCAGCAGUUUAAGUUCUAAUAGCAGUGCUAUUGAGAGAAUAGAUCAUGAAGCAGAUUGCCUAGAUUAUGAGAUUCUAUGGGAAGACCUAGUAAUUGGAGAACAAGUAGGCCAAGGUUCUUGCGGAACUGUGUAUCAUGCUCAGUGGUAUGGCUCGGACGUUGCAGUUAAACUAUUCUCUAAGCAGGAAUAUUCAGAAGAAACGAUAGAUACCUUCAGACAAGAGGUAUCACUGAUGAAGAAACUACGUCAUCCAAAUAUUAUACUCUUCAUGGGUGCAGUUGCAUCUCCAGAACGACUUUGUAUUAUUACAGAAUUUCUUCCACGGGGGAGUUUGUUCAGCUUACUUCAAAAGAACACUGCCAAGCUGGAUCCAAGACGGCGAGUUCACAUGGCUAUAGACAUUGCAAGGGGUAUGAAUUAUCUUCACCAUUGUAGCCCUCCUAUUGUUCACCGUGAUCUAAAAUCAUCAAAUUUGUUGGUUGACAAGAACUGGACUGUAAAGGUUGCAGAUUUUGGUCUUUCACGUCUCAAACUCGAAACAUUUUUGCGAACAAAAUCUGGAAAAGGAACGCCACAAUGGAUGGCCCCAGAGGUGUUACGUAAUGAACCUUCAGAUGAAAAGUCUGACGUGUACAGCUAUGGGGUUAUUCUGUGGGAACUUGUGACCCAAAAGAUACCCUGGGAUAAUCUCAAUACAAUGCAGGUUAUUGGAGCCGUUGGUUUUAUGGAUCAGAGGUUGGACAUUCCAAGUGAUACCGAUCCUAAAUGGGCAUCGAUGAUUGAGAGUUGUUGGGAUAGCGACCCACAAAAACGCCCUUCGUUCCUAGAGCUCCUGGACAGGCUUAGAGAUCUGCAAAAGCAGUACAGCCUGCAGGCUCAGAUGCUGAAAGGUGCUGUGAAAUGAGCACUGAGGAAUGCUAAGCUCUCAACCUAACGGAACAUGGCACUGGACAUUGUCGGCGACCAGAGCGAGCAAAGAUGGUGGUUCAUCGACGGCGCGCGUAGCGUGCUAAUGAAGAAGGCUGACUCCGUGUAUCUUCACACCCUUGGUAGAAGCCGAGGACGAGCUACGGUCAGAGUUGGAGGUUGUAGCAGCAAAAGUGGUGCAUGGCUUCCUGUAUCUCAAGGCCUGAUGCUUCAAAAUGCGGUAAUCUUCGGCCAAGAAGGCAGGACACUUCUGAAAUGAGAAUGGCCAAGAAGGCCGGACUACUUUUUGUAUUGACGCCCCAAUUUUUGAAGGGGAAAAAUUGAAUUGUUCAUAAAUUUUGUUCUUAGCUUUGAUAACGUUCUUGUUUGCACAUAGAACCAAAAAAAAAAUCACGAGGCCAUUACCCA